AUGCUCUACGAGGUGCUGGGCCCUGAUGUCAUGCUUGGCGAACAGAACUGCUCCAUCAUAGCCCAGGCCACUAAUCGGCCACAGGCGUUCUCCACAGCCGCCAUUAAUCUCCACAAUCGGCCCAGCGAGCUGGAGGCGAUGAAAGUACUCUCCUCAGAGAUCAAGAACGCAAAGGCGGACGGCAGCGACACAAUCACCUACGAGAGCGUGAUGCAAGCGGCAGGUGCCCGAUUGGGGAGCUUCACCUCCGACCCCUCCUUCUGCGACUUCUUCAACUUCAUCCUGAACCUGGGCGCCGAUGGAGGCCCUCACAUACGGGAACUCAUCGACUUCGUCGAGACGUACGUCAAUUCUGCUACGAGAAUGCUGCGCCUGCCUGCGUUCGGCCUCGCGGGGGAGGUGAGCACGCAGUUCCCCCGCGUGAAGGUGGCCAUCAUCAUGCGGGCCUACAGGUUGCCGCCCAAGAAGGCUUCCAAACAGACGGGGGCGCCAGGCUGGUGCAUCAGGCCCGAAUAUGCGUGGAAGCAACGAACCCUGGAGCCGCAGUUGCGGCUCAUGGAGGAUGUUCUCCACGCGCGCCACGUGGCCCUGAGAACCGACAUCGCGAAGCACCUGGACAACAAGGCCUCGGCGGUGGUUCAGUUUCUGACCAACAUCAACAUCCAGUGCGCCAGCGCUAUGGCUGUCGUGGUCAAGGGGGCCAACCCCUCGACGGCGAAGGCCCGCCAGGCGCUCUUGCAGGGGUGCAAGGCGGCGUGCGCGAACGCCCUACCGACAGAAAGAGCUGCGGCGCUCAUGGCAACCUUCCAGGCACAGGAGGACUGGAAUUGGUUCGACUUUGCAACGCUGCCGCCCGAAGAAAAGACAACCGCAACGUCGGUUCAGGAAAAGGGGGGCGGGCCCGCCGUGCAGCCCGUGGCGAUCAUUUUCAACGCGAUCACUGGGCGCCCCGAGAACGAACAGGCCACCGUUAAGAAGGGGGAGAGGCCAGCGAUGUGGUUGCCACUGCCAGUCACGGAGUGGUUGGGCCAGGCAGCCGCCAGGGACAUGGGCAAGAAGGACGCAUACAUGGGAGCGGUGCUGCACGUGCUACGGGAGAAGCACUUGGAAGUGAACGUAGUCAUCGGCGGUCGGGUCGUCUGCGCCCGAAUCCCAGUGGCGACCAACGCGGUGGAUCUCCAGGCGGGCGAGGAACUGAUCAUGGAAGACACGCAUGUGAAGAGGAAGAAGGAUGGGGAGCUGGAGAGCAAUGCUGCGCGGUGCCGCCGCAGCGUACCGGCUCCAGCGCAGACGCUCGUUCCCUUCGGCUCCGUUUGCGCGGCGGGCGACGCAGUGGCGUCCAUGGGGCAGUCGAAGAGCGCGCGUGCUUCCCCCCAGUGGGAACCCGUGCAGCUGGGCGAACGAUUCUCUGUCUGGGGCGGUCGGUUGACAGAGCCGCGCGCGCUCUUGGAGACCGAGGCGAUCUCUACCGUCGCAGGGCGCGUGAAGUUCGCCCACUUCUCUCUGGGCCUGCCGCGGGUAGUCCAUGCGCUCGGCAACGCGCUCAGGACGGGAGAGGGCGCCGUGGACGCCAUGGGCGCCCUGCCCGACCUGCCCGAUCCCGCGGCGGCAGAUCCCGUAGCGGCAGCGAAAAAGAAACAAACGGUGCUGGGGCGCGUCGUUGUCUGUUCCGUGUGUGAGAAGUGCCCGCUCGAGUUCUCCGAUAUGACGGACGAGAGGGAGGUGUGCCUGACCUCGUCCAAGAAGAAAGAGUACUGGAUCCGCGAGACGGACGUGCCCUGGCUCUUCGGGCGGCCCAGGUCCGAGUGCGAUCUGGCGGGGGCCCCGCUGGUUCAGAACCCAGGCGACGAAUGCGCCGCAGCGGCGGCUGCCGCUAACGGGGCGGACUCGCAAGGUAGCCUGCCCUCUGGAGAGAGCGCGGGCUUACAGACACCGACAAAAGCCGCCAGUCCACCAGUUCCUGUGGACCAGGUGGUCAGUGCCCAGGGCGCCGCGCACGCUGGCUACGCGCGCCGAUGGCUGUUCCCCACCAAGGAAUGCAAGGGCGCGUGGGGGGGAACGGUCACGCGCGCAGGGGGCUCGCGCGGGAAGGUUGUCGUGUGCCAGCUGGCCACUUUCACCCGCGCGAAGUGGCUGCAAGUUUGCGGCGGCGGCGAGCCUCCCUGCGCGUGGCACAGGGCCAGUCAUCUGCAGAAGAAGGGGGCCUGCAGGCCCUACCUGGAAGCGCGCGUGGCCGCGUUGAUGCAGAAACUUCCUGCAGCCUAA